AUGUCUUCAACUCUUCAGAACUGCGGAAACUUCUUGGAUGAGAAGCGAAAUAUCCACGAAGAAGAACAAGGAAACCCAGUUGCCCCUUCUAAAAGCUCCUUUGGGAUUGAUUUAGUGAUAAUAUUGCUUAAAGAUUUAAGCAACAACCGAAUCAGCACCCUCUCAAACCAGAGUUUCAGCAACAUGACGCAGCUGCUCACUUUAAUUCUCAGCUACAAUCGGCUCAGAUGCAUUCCAACACGGACUUUUGAUGGCUUGAAAUCGCUUAGGCUGCUCUCUUUACAUGGGAAUGACAUCUCUGUCCUGCCUGAAGGGGCCUUCAGCGAUCUUUCCGCAUUAUCUCAUCUAGCGAUUGGAGCGAACCCCCUGCACUGCGACUGCCACAUCCAGUGGCUCUCCGACUGGGUGAAGACCGAAUACAAGGAGCCGGGCAUUGCCCGAUGUGUCGGUCCCGGAGAAAUGGCCGACAAACUCCUUCUCACCACUCCCUCCAAAAAAUUCACCUGUCAAGGUCCGGUGGAUGUCACCAUUCCUGCCAAAUGUAGCCCCUGCUUAUCCAGCCCUUGCAAAAACGGAGGGACUUGUAGCAAUGACCCUGUGGAUUUCUACAGUUGUUCCUGUCCUUACGGCUUCAAGGGCCGAGACUGUGAGGUGCCCAUCCAUGCCUGUAUAAGCAGCCCCUGUAAAGAAGGAGGGACUUGCCACUUAAAAGAAGAUGAAAAGAAUGGGUUUUG